AUGGCAGCAUCCGUUCAAAGCAACUGGAGUGCACCUGCACCUGGUGAUAUUCCAGCUAAGGACUUUCCCGAAACCCAUGUAGACAUUCACACACAUGCCAACUUGACGGAUUUCCGACCUGGUCAUAUUGAUAUCGAUUGGACUGUUGAUUGGGAUAAGAAAGUCUUGACCGGUACAGUGAAGCAUUCGAUAAAGAUUAUCAAAGAUGGAAUAGAUAAAAUCGUACUAGAUACCAGUUUCUUAGACAUCAAGAGCAUCGCAAUCCUUCAACCCGAUGGCAAACAAAAGGAUGCCAAGUUUGAAUUGGGUAAACGAGAUGGUACAUUAGGAAGUCCAUUGAACAUUGAACUUGGUGAACGCAAAAACAAAGGUGAUGAAGUGGAAAUCGUGAUCGAUUAUAGUACAACCGAAAAGUGUACAGCUUUAGGAUGGUUGGCCAAAGAACAAACUGAAUCUGGCUCCAUGCCUUUCUUAUAUUCACAAGCACAAGCCAUUCACGCCAGAGCAAUGAUCCCUUGCGUUGACUCUCCUUCGCACAAAAUCACAUACACUUCCAAGGUGAAGAGCAAAUAUCCAGUAUUGAUGAGUGCUUUGGCUGAUGGUUCAAUUCACGAGGACGGCCUUGGCGUUUAUAGAUUCCGUCAGCCGAUCGGUAUCCCAUCCUAUUUGAUCGCAAUCGUCGGUGGAAAUCUCGUCUUCCGAGAAUUGGCACCGCGUGUUGGUGUUUGGGCAGAGCCUACUAUGAUCGAUCGAGCAGAGUGGGAAUUCAAAGAAGAUGCAAAUCGAUUCCUGAUUGCUGCUGAGCAGACUAUCUCACCUUAUUCUUGGACUCGUUACGAUUGCGUCGUUCUUCCGCCUUCAUUCCCAUACGGUGGUAUGGAAAAUGCAAAUUUGACAACAUUGACACCCACUCUAAUUUCUGGUGAUCGCAGCCAAACAGAUGUUCUUUUACACGAACUAGGUCAUAGUUGGUCUGGUAACUUGACGUCAUGCGCAAAUUGGUCAUCAUUCUGGCUGAAUGAAGGUAUCAAUGUCUGGAUCGAGCGCUUGUUGCUAUCUGUUGUCCAUGGCCCUGAAUCUGGACCAGCAAUUCGUGAAUUGCAUUACAUUAUCGGACGCAAAGCAUUUGAGGAUGCCGUGGAUCAAUUCUCUUCUGUGACUAGGUUCCAAAGACUUGUUCCUGUCUUUGAGAAAGGAGAGGACCCAGAUGAUGCCUUUAGCUCGAUUCCAUACGAGAAGGGAUCUUUGUUCAUCCUGUACCUUGAACGUCUCGUGGGCGGAUUAGACAACUUUCUGCCUUUCAUUCGCAGUUACUUCAAAGCUUUCUACGAUCGAAGCAUCUCUACGCAAGAAUGGAAACAACAUUUGUUCGACUUCUAUGCAGGCAAUGAGGAGAUCACGAAAAAGUUGAACACGGUCAAGUGGGAUGAAUGGUUCAACGGCGAGGGUAAACAAUUGCCCGCCGAGGUGAACUUUGAAGGAGCACUUGCACAACAAGCUUACAAGCUCGCCAACAGAUGGUUGGACGUGAUCAACGGUAAGUCAACAAAGGAAGACUUUAGCCCGAAGGACAUCUCAGGUUGGGAUCCCAAUCAAAUCGUUCUUUUCCUCAGCGAAGUACGAGCAAACAAGGAUGUGACUGUACCUGCUCAAGUUGCCAGUCGAAUCGAUGAACUGUAUGGCUUUGGCAAGGACAAGAACACCGAAAUCCGAUUCAACUUCUAUGUCGUGGCUUUGCAAGACAAACAAAGCAAGUACACUCAAGAAGCCGCUGCUUGGGUUUCCAAACAAGGUCGUAUGAAGUACUGUCGUCCCUUGUUCCGAUCAUUGUUCAAGGUGGACCCGACUUUGGCUCGAGAAACAUUCAUCAAGAACAAGUCAUUUUACCAUCCAAUCGCGGCUGCGAUGAUUGAAAUUGUGAGUACGACGUGUUGUCAUGUGUGUUUUAUUUCGGCGUUUUUUCUCAUUACGUCGUUUUAUUGCAUCUUUUCAUUUUUUCAGGAUUUGGGUCUCUCAUCAUAG